AUGCUUUCCCUUGUUCGAAGUGCUUCGACCCGUCUUGUUCUCAAACAAAUUCCUAGAAGCAUUGCCACUUUUAGGCAAGCUUCUACCCUGGUAUUUUUGGAGGCUAGCAAGAAUGGUAAUGUGAUGCAAUCCUCUUUAAGCGCUCUUUCCGCUGCAGAACAACUCGGGAACCCGAUAACUGCACUCUUAGCCGGCUCUUCAGCCCCUAAAGCUGCAGAAGAAGUGAAAAACUUGAGCGGAUCUGCCUCGCUCAAACAGAUUUUGGUAGCUGACAGCAAAACCUACGACAAUUACCUACCAGAAGCAUUGGCCCCUUUGGCUCUUGAACUGUUGAAGAACGCCGAGUUUAGUCAUUUUGUUGUGGCCAGUUCUGCGGUGGGUAAGAAUUUGCUUCCUCGCGUCGGCGCCUUACUCGAUUACCAACCAAUUUGCGACAUCACCAAAAUUAUAGACCCCAACACUUUCGUCCGACCAAUUUACGCUGGAAAUGCCUUGUCCACCGUGAAGUGCACCCAGGAGCGAAAGCUUAUAAGUGUCCGCGCUUCUGCCUUUACAGCGGCUCCGGCGGGUGCAACAAGUGCCUCUGUCGGCAAAGCACCAGAGAUUAAUAACCCCGCAUUGACGGUGAAAUGGGAAAGUGAGAAUCUGAUGAAAAGCGCUAGACCAGAUUUAGGAUCAGCAGCGAGAGUUGUUUCGGGCGGACGCGGGUUGAAAAACAAGGAAACUUUCGACAGUCUUGUAACGCCGCUGGCGGAUUCUCUAGGAGCCGCAAUUGGUGCCACUAGAGCUGCUGUAGAUUCUGGAUUUUGUGAUAACUCACUUCAAAUCGGUCAAACUGGUAAGGUUGUUGCCCCAGACUUGUAUGUCGCGGUCGGCAUUUCGGGAGCUAUCCAACACUUAGCUGGAAUGAAAGAUUCCAAGGUAAUUGUUGCGAUCAACAGUGACGCUGAGGCACCCAUUUUUCAAGUGUCAGACUACGGAUUGACUGGGGAUUUAAAUGCUAUCGUUCCAGAGCUUACUGAAAAGAUCAGCAAACUCCAGUGA